AUGUCUUGCUACGACCUGUGCCCACCCAAAACCAGCGUUGCCGUGCCCCAGCCCAUCGCUGAGAGCUGCAACGAGCUGUGCGCGCGCCAGUGCCCCGACUCUUCGGCCUUCAUCCAGCCACCGCCCGUCGUCGUCACCUUCCCCGGCCCCAUCCUCAGCUCCUUCCCCCAGCAAGCCGUGGUGGGCUCCUCCGGAGCACCCGCCUUUGGGGGCUCCCUGGGGCUGGGGGGCCUCUACGGCGCCGGGGCCACUCAGGGCUCGGGCGGCCUCUGCACCUUUGGCAGACCCUAUGCUUCCCCUGCCUGCAGCCCCUGCGCCUUGCCCCGCUACAGCAGGAAGCUGUGGGACACCUGUGGGCCCUGCUAA